GGCCCCAGGCGGCGGGGCGGGAGCUGGGGCUCGGGGGCGGGACCGGCGCGGCCCCAGGAGCGACGCGGAGACCUCAGAGGCCACCGGAGCCGGCGUCCUUCCACGAUGUGGCCCUUCGCUCUGCUCCUGGUCUCCCUCGCCUCUUGCACGGCUUGGGGGCACCUGUCCUCACCGCCCGUGGUGAACACCGUGCAUGGCAAAGUCCUGGGGAAGUUCGUCAGCUUAGAAGGAUUUGCACAGCCCGUGGCCGUUUUCCUGGGAGUCCCUUUUGCCAAGCCCCCUCUUGGAUCCUUGAGGUUUGCCCCACCACAGCCUGCAGAGCCCUGGAGCUUCGUGAAGAACACCACCUCUUACCCUCCUUCGUGCUCCCAAAAUGUCAUGGCUGGGCAGGUGCUCUCGGAACUCUUUACCAACAGACAGAAGGACAUUCCCGUCCAGUUUUCUGAAGACUGCCUUUACCUAAAUAUUUACACUCCUGCUGACCUGACGAAGAAAAGCAGGCUGCCAGUGAUGGUAUGGAUCCACGGAGGUGGUCUCUUGGUGGGUGGGGCAUCAACCUAUGAUGGGUUGGCCCUCUCUGCCCAUGAAAAUGUGGUGGUAGUGACCAUUCAGUACCGCCUGGGGAUCUGGGGAUUCUUCAGCACAGGGGACGAACACGGCCCAGGCAACUGGGGGCACUUGGACCAGGUGGCUGCACUGCACUGGGUCCAGGAGAACAUCGCCAACUUUGGAGGGAACCCAGGCUCUGUGACCAUUUUUGGAGAGUCAGCGGGAGGUGAAAGUGUCUCUGUUCUUGUUCUCUCUCCUCUGGCCAAGAACCUCUUCCACCGGGCCAUUUCUCAGAGUGGUGUGGCCCUCACAACUGCUCUGGUCAAGAAAGAAGUCAAGUCUAUGGCUAAGCAAAUUGCUGUCUUUGCUGGGUGUAAAACCACCACCUCAGCUGUCAUAGUUGACUGCCUGCGCCGGAAGACUGAGGACGAGCUCUUGGAGACGAUGCUGAAGAUGAAACCUUUUGCUCUUGAUUUAGUUGGAGACCCAAAAGAGAGCUGUCCCUUCCUGCCCACUGUGGUGGAUGGCGUGCUGCUGCCAAAGACACCCGAAGAGCUGCUGGCUGAAAAGACUUUCAACACUGUCCCCUACAUGGUCGGAAUCAACAAGCGGGAGUUUGGCUGGAUUAUUCCAAUGCUGAUGGGCUAUCCGCUCUCUGAAGACACCCUGGAUGAGAAGACAGCUGAGUCACUCUUGUGGAAGUCCUACCCCCUUGUUUCAGUCCCUGAGGAGCUGACUUCAGUGGUCAUUGAGGAGUAUUUGGGAGGGACAGACGACCCUGUCAAAAAGAAAGACCGGUUCCUGGACUUGAUGGGAGAUGCAGCAUUUGGUGUCCCGUCUGUGAGGGUGGCCCGUCACCACAGAGAUGCUGGAGCCCCCACCUACAUGUAUGAGUUUCAGCAUCACCCAAGCUUCUUAGACACGGAAACCAAGACCACGGUAGCAGACCACGGGGAUGAGAUCUUCUCCGUCUUCGGGGCCCCAAUUUUAAAAGUGGGUGCCUCAGAAGAGGAAAUCAAGCUCAGCAAGAUGGUGAUGAAGUUCUGGGCUAACUUUGCACGGAAUGGGAACCCCAAUGGUGAGGGGCUGCCCCAUUGGCCGGCAUAUGACCAGAAGGAAGGGUACCUACAGAUUGGCCUCACCACCAAGGCAGCCCAGAAGCUGAAAGACAAGGAAACAACUUUCUGGACCGAGCUUCUGGCCAGGGAGGCAGCAGAGAAGCCACCACAGACACAGCACAUUGAGCUGUAAUCGGAGGCCCCACCAGCCUCUUGGUCCUGAGGAGCCGAGACCAAGGCAUCUACAGAAGGCGUUUGUAGGCCAAAGAGGCAUGUUAUUGUAGAGGCUGGAGAAUCAUCUGGUGGGAUGGGCAGAGGCCAGGGAGGAGAAAUUUUUGUACUCAUGGCCUCAAUUUUGGGAAUAAAUGUUCUUUUGGAGACCAA